AUGGCAAAAUCCAGACUUGCACCUUUAAAGGGUUCUACCAUACCAUGCUUAGAACUAGCUGCAGCACUGGAAGCAGUGAGACUUGACACACUUUUGCAAAAGGAGCUACAAAUGCCACUAGAGAAAUCAGUCUAUUGGACAGACAGUACCAUUGUGUUGUGGUAUCUACAAACUCCUGAAAAAAGAUUUCAGACAUACGUAGCUAACAGAGUGGCAAAAAUUUUAGAACACGCCAUACCAGACCAAUGGAGAUAUGUGCCCACCAUGCAGAACACUGGGGAUAUUGCUUCAAGAGGAAUGACAGCACAAGAACUCCUUAAUGAGGAGCGAUGGUGUAAGGAACCUGCUUUUCUGUUCUUGGAUAUAUCUAGUUGGCCAAAGCAACCUGCAUUUGACUGUGCUAAGCUAGAGGAUAUAGCAGAAGUGAAGCGAUUUCCAUUAGUGUAUACCAUGAAGACUGAGGAAGAUCACCUGGGAAGAUUUUUUGAUUACAACUCCACCUGGCACCACAUGAAAAAGGCAGUAGCUUGGUUCCUGAGACUCCGCCAGAUUUUACGCAAGCAACCAUACCUAAAAGGCCCGCUGGUAUAG